UCACAUCACUACUAGCCAUGAUUGAUUGCGUGCUUCGAACGAUUGAUCGUAAUUGCAUAGAUUUGAUGUUGUGAUAAAAAGAAAACACAAGCUUUGUGCGUGAGCUGCUUUUUUUCAGUUUGUAACGUUUUUAACGCCAAUGCUAGCUGCAACGUUGCUAAGUUAAUUUUUACAUAAAUUCGUCUAAUUCGAUUAGUGUUCAAAUCAACGUAAUUACGAAAAAUUACGAUCUGUGAAAAAGCAUCUCAGUUGAAAUUGUGAAGAAAAAAACUGUAAAACUCAAACGAAAACGGACUGCUGAUGGAAUUGAUUUGUAAUCUCGCACAUUUCUUUGGCAUGCGUAAAAAAUAUGAUAAAUGCUUGUUGAACAGCACGCCAGUUCUUAAUGGAUUUGGGAAAUUGAUUUCGAACGCAUACGAAAUACCUGAACAAAGCCGAAACAUUUAGCAAUCAAGAAGAUCGCCGCCGCCGCCACCGCUACCGCUGAAAUAUUUAGCUUCAUUAAUAGAAGAAGAAAAAAAUAAUGGAAACAAAACGUUAUUUGGAUGUUAUUGCGUUAAAUGAAUGGUGAUUAGUUGUGGAUUGGUGCUUUAACAAUUGGAGAUUAUAUCGACAUUUACAAGAGAUCAUACAGCCCAAAGCUAAAUCGAUCCAAUUGUUAUGAUCAUUAAAUGGAUAAAUAGCGAAGAUAGAAGAAGACGCAAGUUUUGUGAUGUUCGCAUAAAAAAGCAUUCAAGUUUCGCUGCGUGAAGUGUUUUUUUUACAUUGUGCCGCCCAUUGCGCAUGAAUCACUUGAGGCCAGUAAUUAGCAUUAGAUGGUGAAUUGAAUUUCGAUGAAGCAAUUAAAUAUGUUAACAAAGUCGCUAAGUUGCAACGAAAUCUGGACGAAGCAAGUGAUGCCAGAGUGUGCUUCGCAGCCACAAAACGACACUGAUUCGGCAUUGGCUGCAUCGAAGCGCCAUAAAUCCAGUGAUAAGUUAACCAAAACUAAAACGGAAAAUCACAAAACAGUCAUCUAUUUUGGUGAUUCGAUAUCCAGUAAAAAGCAACAUAAUCAGCUUCAACAACAAAUGAAAGCGCAACAAAUCUCCGCGAAUCGGAUGAACGGCAACGAUGUGACAGACGAACGAUCAGAUUUGAGGCAUGCACAACGUUUGUGCGACGAAAUGGUGUUUAAGCGACAACAAUCCGUUCGAAUGCAAUCGAAAAGCAAUGAAGCUCAUUCGAAAUGUCCCACCGAAGAAGUUGUAACCGUAGUGAAUGAUGUGAAAAUGAUGAAAAAUGAGUCAAUCAACUUGGUGAAACAUUUAAAAACGGUCUUGGAAGAGAAAUGCCAACAAAAAAGUGUCAAAACUGCAAUUUUGGUGGAGGGCAAAAAAGAUGAAAGUGACAAAAAUCUGAACAAUUCAAAUGAUAUGACCAAUUGCAGCGAUGCAAAGACCAGCAAAGUGGAAGUUGGCAAGAAAUUGCCAUCGUUCAUUGAAAGCAUUGUAAAUGGUGUGAUCAAUAUAAAAAUUGAUGAAAGCUACGAUGCAGCUACGAAAUUAGUGCGAUCAAUUGAAAGCCCCGACACUGACGAUGCAGACAGUUUCGAUGCAAUCGAAGAUGGAAAUGAUUUAUUCUUAGAUAUUGGCGGUGAAGUCAAUAAUAUGUAUGGAGUUAUGGAUUGGAGUUACGUACAAGAAUGGCGAAAACAAGAUUGGCGAUCCCGGCCAUCUGGAAACACACGUGACGUUCCACUAUUUACAGCCUAUAUUCCACCAAAUCCGAAUUCCUCUCCGUCAGUAGUACCUUGCAAUGCCAACAAGGUCAACAGAAGUCCUUCGAAUGGAAUGAAUGUAAUGAGUCCUCCUUCAGCACUGCCAAUGAAUAUGAAUUCAUCGAUCCGUGUUCACAGCCCGGCUACAGCAACACCUGCAAUUAGAACUCCAAAAGAGGUGGCCUUUCGGCCAAAAGGAAAUGAUCAAAGUCCAAUGAAUGAAUUUAAUUCAGUAACCCCAUCAAAUAUGCCAGGUAAUGUGUCGACGACGACAAAUACAAGCACAAUUACGAUGUCGCCCAAGAGUGUGGAUACCAUCGAUGGCUCGAUGAGUCAUGGUGGAAAUUCAAAUGCAACUACUUGUUUGAUUGGAACAGUUACGACCAAUGGGAACAUGACUAAUUUGAGCACAAUGAUUCCUGAGCGUGACACAAAUGGCCAAUCAAUGGUAACGAAUAUGAAAAUGAAAUCCAUGAACUGUAAACCAAUUCCGCAUCGACCAAUAGCUGGACCAGCCAAGCUCACCAUACAAAGUAUUCCCGUUAAAUCACAACCACCAAUGCUUAGCUCGAAUCUGAGCAACCAGCGAAAAGUGAUGCAUGGUAAUUUAAAUGAAAAUCAAUUGAUGAACGGCAGUGUCAAUGUACAAAAAUACAACAACAAUAACAACAACAACAACAACAACAACAACAACAAUGCACUCAAAUCUAAAGCAGUCGUACAAAGUACUGAAGCAUCACAGAAUCUAUUGAAUCAACAGAAAAAUACAAUAAUUAUGCGCACACAUCAUCACGGUGGUACUAACGAAAUGGUCCGUGGUCUGCAGCGUGUUCAAGAAUGUCAUAGCUCUUCAGACGAAAACCGUUCCUCGGGCCAUGCCUCGAUGUCUGACACUGGUCACGGAAGUAGUUCACCUGGUUGUGCCCUAGGCCCGUUGCCAGAAGACCGUUUAGCUGCUGGAGUGACAAAUCGAAGCACAAGGUCCAGCACAAGUGCGGGCCAUUCAAGAGCGCGACAUCGAUCAACACCCGCCAAAGGGCCGUGGAAUGGGAACGGUCUUGAAGAUAUCAAACUAGCAAUACAACAGUUGACAAUGCGAUCGCAAACUAGCACCAGUACGUACAGUAGCCUCAGUGCUGGUUCUGAAAUGGAACCUCGUCGAUUGGGUCGAUAUUCAUCACUGGAAACAGUCAACACAAACGUAACAAGUGCCGAUGAAUUUGUUUGGAUUGAUUCACAUAAUCGUCUGGUUGAGUUACAGCAUCCACCAUGGAGUCAACACUGUUUACUGCGUGUCGUUCGAACGGGACGUUGUCGUGAAUAUUCUGAGCGCAUAUCGCUUGAAACGAUCCCUCGACUUGGAUAUUUGCUGCAGAGAGCUCUCGUUCGGGUAGCACGAGAAAUUCAACGUCUAUCGACCGGAUUGGGUUUGUGUUCGAAACAUGAAGUAGCUGGUGCAUUCAAAAUUGUACUCUGUCCAGCAUUGGCUGGAUCGUGUAUUAAAGCGUUUUUGAGAGCAGCCGCAAUGUUUGGUGUGCCGGGCGACAGUUCACUGCGACAGAGUAAGUCCUCACGUGCUGGACUUCAAUUAUCCGUUGGCCGUUUUCAUCGUUGGAUGUCUGAUGCACGGCUCGGGCGAUUUGUGCACGAAUAUUCAGCGGUUUAUUUGUGUGCCGGCCUCGAGAAUUUACUUGAAGAAAUAAUUCUUCAAUGUAUUCCAUCCGACCCAACUUUAUCCCUGACUGCAACUGGACUAGAACACUCUAUUGCAACUAGUGGUGAUUUGUGGGGACUUUUGCAGCCCUAUGCCCAUUUGAAUGCCGGCCGUAUUGCAUCUGGUGCUUUGACAAUGGGUAAGAGUUGGGCAAGCCAGUCAUCGAUUGGCUCAAAUCCAAACAUUCCAACCAAUUCACCGUGCCUAUUAACCACUUGCGUUGGAAGCGUUGCCGAACUAAAGGAUCUGGUACUUCGAGCACAAAAUAAAUUCAAUCACACAGCUUUGUCGCACACCGCCCUAGUGGCUCUAUUCUAUUUCAUGCGUUGUUCACAGCUUGAACACAAUGAAGAGAGUAACAGUGCAUCGAAUGGAAAUAGCAGUGUGCAAGAGCUGUGCUAUGAGAGAGCAUACGUUGUUUUGCCGCCACUUGUUGAAUGGCUUCGAGUUGCCUCGGCUCAUGCGGAAUAUCGUCAUUCUCUCAUCAUCGAUAGCGAUGACAUAAUGCAAGCGGCCAGGCUGCUUUUGCCCGGAGUUGAUUGUUCUCCUAGAGCUGUUGGUUCUGAUGAGGAACUACCACCGAAGAGAAGCACAUUUUCAAUGAAACCACAGUCGCCUACACAAAUUCAACCAUCAAUCGUUUCAAACCCAAAUGUUCACGUUAUCAUUGAUGAUAAUGAAUAUGCAAGAAGAGCGACUAUAGCAUUAGCAUUUCGUUUGAUGCUCACUGGACGACCAGAACUCCUAAUACAAGCUGGAACCCUUUUGCCAUCAUCAACACGAUACGAUACUUUAAAUCAAGCUGGUAUGACGGCACUGAUGAUCGCCGCCAUUCGAAAUGAUGAAAUGGCUAUACAGCAAUUACUGGAUGCAAAUGCUGAUCCAAAUGUAGAGGUACCUUCAAUCGGUCUCUCAACAUGUUCGGCCAUCCAUCCGGAAACUCAACACUGGACAGCAAUCACGUUUGCGGCAUGCCGAGGAAAUUAUAACGCUGUGCGCAUGCUUUUGGAGCGCGGUGCGAAUGUAGAAGGUGGCGCAUGUUUGAGUGAUGAUAAAUGCACGUUGACACCACUGCAAGUGUCGAGUGGCUCUGGAUCGGUUGACAUCGUAGCGCUGCUGCUGUCGCAUGGCGCCAAUGCAUUUUUGUCCACACAACACAAGGAUUCACUUUGUUUCUCGGGAACAGCACAGCGCGGCUGCUAUAGUGCAAUAUCUGUAGCUGCUGCACACGAUCAACGGGCCACAUUGCGAAAGCUUUUAUCUCAUCCGUUGGCACCGGUUAGUCAAGAGGUAUUGUCACUGGAAGAAAUGCUUGCUGAGGGCGAUAACAAUGCACGAAAUCCAAAUAUCGAACGUCAAAAUGAAAUUCCACCAUCCAUGACAAAAACCCAAAUUAAAUGUCUGCAAGAAGCAAUGUAUCACAGUGCGGAGAACAAUCAUUUAGACAUAACAAUUGAACUCCGUGCACUGGGCGUACCAUGGACUCUGCAUUGCUGGAUGCAUGCUUUAUCCGCUGCACAUGAGCUACGGCUCGAUUCAGUUAUUGAUCAAUUAUUGCAGGACUUCCUGCAAGUGUGCCCAGACGAUUACAGUUCGCAAUUUGUCACAGAAUGUCUUCCAUUAUUAUUCAAUAUUUUUCGCUACAGCAAGAAAGAGGGAACAACGUUAUUGUUAGCUGAUAUAUUUGCGACGUGCUUCGGCUGGAAACCUAUAAAACCAAUAAAAGAGCCUGUGUUGCAACCGGCGAAUGGAUCACGCAUCGAUCCGAAAUUUGUGAAUAAUCCGGAGCUGAGUGACGUUAUGUUCAGAGUGGAGGGUAAAAUAUUUUAUGGUCAUAAAAUAGUUCUUGUCACAGCAUCACCACGCUUCCAAAGUAUGCUGAGUUCGAAGCUGAGCGACGGAAAUACACCGACCGUGCAGAUCAACGACAUUCGGUAUCAUAUAUUCCAAUUGGUCAUGCAAUUUUUGUACAGUGGUGGAUGUAAUUCAUUCGAUGUCGUUGCACCCGGUGAUAUACUGGAAUUGAUGGCAGCCGCAAGUUUCUUUCAACUAGAGGAUUUGCUACGAUACACAGAGGCCCGGUGCUCGCAAAUGAUUGACAUCGAUAAUGUGGUGGCCAUGUACAUUCAUGCCAAGGUUUACAACGCACCAAAGUUAAUCGAGUAUUGUUAUGGCUUCCUACUACAGAACAUGGUUGCAUUGCUCACUUACGAUGAUUCAGUGAAGCGGUUGCUAUUCGCCAAAAAAAUUCCCAACAACGAUGUACUCAAUGGUUUACUAGAAACACUACAGUCACGCAUUAAGAAGCGACGUUCGGUUCAAAGCCCCGGCAAUAAUGCCAUUCGACCACCAGCUAUGGUGGCUGUUAAUAAGAUGGCAAAUAAUAAUAAACCCUGAAACAAUAAGCCCAGUUUGCAAUUUAGUUUAUUUAUCCACCUUCAAGAAUAUUUCCCAUAGCUUUGUAAUUAUAACAAUCGAUUUUUCUUUUUGUUUUUUUUGUUUUGUUUAAUCAUUUCAACCCAUAAAUUGUAAUGAAAUUGCAUCCAUUCGAAAUUCCACAUUAGACUGUGAAUUUAAGAAGAAAUAAUUUUCUUAAAAUCCAUAUUUGUUAUUUUGAAUCGCAAUGUCGAUUUUUAUCAUCGAACCGAUCAUGUAUCAUUUGAAGGUAAUAUUAUUAUUUAUAACUUUGGAAUGAAGUUUUUAUGGCAGACAAUUGUUCAUUUGAAUAUUUUAUCACAAUCAUACCCAUUAUAUAUGUUUUUUUUUUCAUGAGAAUGUUAACCGUCCACUCUCAUUUUCAAUUAAAUUUAUGCGGAUUCUACUUUGUUAUUAAACUAAGGUAAUCUUCUAGUUUUAGAAUGUAGGAGAAUUAAUUGUAUUUUAUCAAAUCGAAUCAUAUCGUAUCGUAUCACAAUUAAAUGUUCAAAUUUUUUCCUUAAAAAAUAAA